AUGCCAAUGCUUCCUGCUUUCAUUCUUCCUUCUUUUCCCUUUGGGGUCCAAGGUCACUGUUACAGGGUUCCGACCAGCUUCCAAAUGGAUCCCAAACUAAAAAGAAUGGCCUCCUCCAUCUUCACAGUGCUUCUGCUUCUUGAGGGUGGCUUGUUCUCCUCUUCCUCCCCUCCCCCCUCCAGAAUGCUGGAGAAUAUCUCCCAGUACAUUGAUCUUCAUCAAAAUGAAUUUAUUCAGUCACUUAAGGAGUGGGUGGCCAUUGAGAGUGAUUCUAUUCAACCUCUGCCUCACUUCAGACAAGAAAUCUUCAAAAUGAUGGAUAUAGCUGCAGACAAGCUUCGACACUUAGGAGCUGCUGUAGAUUCAAUAGACAUGGGACAUCAAGAGCUACCUGAUGGGCAGAAUCUUCCAAUACCUCCCAUUCUUCUAGCUGAACUUGGUAAUGAUCCAAAGAAACCCACAGUGUGCUUUUAUGGUCACUUGGAUGUGCAGCCUGCCAAAAAAGAGGAUGGGUGGCAUACAGACCCCUUCACCCUGGUAGAAGUUGAUGGAAAACUUUAUGGACGAGGAGCAACAGACAAUAAAGGACCUGUUUUGGCUUGGAUUAAUGCAGUGGGCGCCUUCCAAGCCCUCAACCAAGAUAUUCCAGUGAAUAUUAAAUUCAUCAUUGAAGGAAUGGAAGAGGCAGGUUCAGUUUCAUUAGAUGAACUUGUCAAAAGAGAAAAAGACCGUUUCUUCUCCAAUGUUGACUACAUUGUCAUCUCAGAUAACUUGUGGAUUAGCAAGAAGAAGCCUGCACUCAUUUAUGGAACCCGAGGAAACAUAUACUUCACCGUGGAGGUGAAGUGCAGGGAUCAAGAUUUUCAUUCAGGAACAUUUGGUGGCAUCCUCAAUGAGCCAAUGGCUGAUUUGGUAUCCCUUCUUGGAAGCCUGGUAGAUUCAUCAGGCCAUAUUCUGAUCCCUGGGAUCUAUGAUAAUGUGGCUCCCCUUUCAGAAGAGGAAAAGAAGAUGUAUGAAACUAUUGAUUUGAACCUAGAAGAAUAUCAAAAUAAUAGCCAAGUGGAAAGAUUCCUAUUUGACACCAAGGAAGAAAUCCUCAUGCACCUUUGGCGGUACCCAUCUCUUUCUAUCCAUGGGAUCGAGGGAGCAUUUCAUGAACCAGGGGCUAAAACAGUCAUACCUGCCCAAGUAAUAGGAAAAUUUUCAAUCCGCUUAGUGCCUUAUAUGAAUAUUUCUGUCGUGGAGACACAGGUGAAAAAGUACCUUGAGGAUAUAUUCUCUCAGCGCAAUAGUUCUAACAAAUUGAAAGUCAAUAUGACACUGGGAGUUCACCCGUGGAUUGCUAAUAUUCAUGAUAUUCAGUACAUCGCUGCGAGAAGAGCAAUCAAAACAGUGUUUGGAGUAGAUCCUGAUAUGAUACGAGAUGGAUCAACUAUUCCAAUUGCUAAAACAUUCCAGGAUAUUAUCCAAAAGAGUGUGAUGAUGCUACCACUAGGAGCUGUUGAUGAUGGAGAACACUCUCAGAAUGAGAAAAUAAACAGGUACAAUUAUAUAGAGGGAUCCAAAUUGUUUGCAGCCUUUUUCCUGGAGGUGGCUAAGAUGCAUUCAUAACUUCCUCAAGCUUCC